AUGCAGAUCUUUGUCAAAACCCUCGCAGGCAAGAAGAUCACCGUCAAGGUCGACCCAGGGGACACCAUCUACAUUGUCAAGGCGAAGAUUCAGGAUCAGCAGCGCCUUAUGUUUGGCAGUGAGGAGCUGCAGGAUGGAUUAACUCUGGCUGAUUACGACAUUGAGGAUGAAUGCACCCUUCACUUUGAUUUGCGGCCCCCGGGAAGGAAGAUGCUAAUCUUAAUCAAAACAUUGACAGCCAAGAUCUUCGCCCUUGAGGUGGAUGACUUGGAAACAAUCGACAGUGUCAAGACUAAGAUACAGGUUGAGAGGGGCAUUCCUGUGGACCAGCAGAGGCUCUUCUUUGCCGGGAAACAGCUGGAAGACGAUCGCACCGUGGGGGAGUAUGGCGUCAAGCAGCAGGACACGAUUCACCUCGUGCUCUGCCUCCGUGCAGGGAUGUGGAUCUUUGUGGACACCCUCGCCGGCAAGAAGAUCACCGUCAAGGUCGACCCGUCGGACUCCAUCAACAUCGUCAAGGCCAAGGUUCACGAGCAGCAGAGCCUUAUCUUCGCCGACGAGGAGCUAGACGAAAGGCGCAGCGUUGCCUACUAUCGCAUCCGUGAUAGAUCCACUCUUUGCCUCGGUCUGCGUAAGACAAGCAAGAUCGAAAUCUUUGUCAAAGGGUUGAGUGGCAAGACCACUACCCACUAUUUUGAUGAUCUUCACACUACCGUCAACUGUGUCAAGGCCAUGAUCCAGGAGAGACACGGCAUUGCCGCCAAGGAGCAGAGGUUGAUCUUUGCCGGGAGACAGCUGGAAGAUGGUCACACCUUGGCCGACUAUGCCGUCCAGGACCACGCCACAUUGCACCUCGUGCUCCGCCUCCGAUCAUGCAUGGAGAUCUUCGUCAAUACCCUCGCCGGCAAGACGAUUACCGUCAAGGUUGAUCCAUCCGACACCAUCAACGUCGUCAAGACAAAGAUCCAAGAUCAGCUGCGUCUUGUUUUCAAUGGGGAGCAGCUUGAAGACGAUCGUGCUCUGGCUGAUUACGACAUCCAGGAUCAAUCCACUCUCAGGCUCGAUCUGCCCAUCCAAAGGAAGAGGAUGCUAAUCCGUGUCAACACGUUGACCAGCACCUUAGUAUCUCUUGAUGUUGAGAAUUUGGAUACCAUCGAUAGUGUCAAGGAGAAGAUCUGUGUUGAAAAGGGCAUUCCUGUGGACCAGCAGAGAAUCGUCUACGCCGGAAAACAACUGGAGAAUGGUCGCACCCUGGAGGACUACAAUAUAAGUGACGAAGCUACUCUUCAUCUGGUUCUCCGACUAUUCGGACACACAAAGAUCUUUGUCAAGGCUCUGAUCCGCAGGACAGUCAUCAUCAUGGUCAAUCCAGCAGAUACCAUCUAUGAUGUCAAUGCAAAGGUCCAGGAUCAACAGUCUUUCCUUGGGUGUGAGAGCAUCUGGAGGACGGACACACUCUACCUCGUUAUGCACAUCCAGAUAAUCUUUCAUCAAGUUUGACUGGCAAGACCCUCAAUCUUGAGGUUGAGAACUCAGAUAGCAUCAAACCAAGAUCCAUAGUAACGAUGGUACAGCGGUAGACAAGCAGCGUAAAGUCUUUGGAGGAACUAGACCUGAAAUUUUGAUAUACUGUACAUAUCCAGCAAAACUGUUCAUGUGUUUGCCCAAUAUACUGCAUUCAGCAGAGACAUAUAAACUGUCUGCCCUGUUACCACUAAAGUCCAACAUCUUCAUGGGAUAGAAUCAAUGGUUCAGAUUAAUAGUAUGAAAGUUUUGUGCAAACGGGUGCACCAAGUCAAUGCAACAACGCAAGUUGUACUGCACAUAAGCGUCUACCAGGAGACAAUGUUCAAAAAAGCGGAAAACAUAAGAGUUUUUUGAAAUUGGCUAGAAUUUGACAGAUUUUGAAUAAUAUACACAGGAAAAUAGGAAACAUGACACAUGUGUAAUUGAAUAGCAUCUAAAAUACAGUUCACACCAUAGCGAAUACACAUCAGGUUCACAUGGCAAGCAAAAUAACAACUAAAAUGCAGUUCACUUCAAAUAGUCAUAGCCUAAUAGAGAUCAUGUGGUCAUAAUUUUGCCAGCAUAUGAAGGAAAUAGUUCCCAACCAGAGCCUAAUAAUAAGAUAAAUGGUAUAUUGCCAUUAUUGCGCAAGCAGACAAGCAAAAGUAGUUCAAAAACAGUCAAAUUCUGGCCAAAUUAAAAAAAAAAACACUUAAUCUACCGCUUAGGGCAAAAGGGAAGCGCUUUGCCAUCGCUCAGCGCUUAAGCGUCCCUUAAAAACACUUUCUUGAACACUGCCAGGAGACGGUGGUAGCCUCACUAUCAGCAUUGGCACAACCGCACAAGCAGUGGUGUCUCCUUGAGUUGAAGAGACGCCACCAUGGGAGAAGGCGAAUGAUCAUGUCCACACUACCCCCACGGCCCAGCUGCCUCCAUGCUGUAUCAGAACGAGAGAACAGCUGAUCUCGCAUAGCUGGGUCAAGACUCAAGACAAGAAGCUGCUGAUCAGGGAGGUGAUGAAAUUAAGGAUGCGCCAUCUGCAAUCCGGAGAGCAGAACGACGUACAUCAGAUGUGAUGCGGUGUGGUGAGACUGCUACAACAGGCGCAUUGCACAUACAAGAAAGGAACUCUGACUAAGGUGUGACGGCAGCACAGGCUUGAGCCUUGCAUCCAGGAGUGGCUCAAGGCAGUGACGGCAUGAGUUGUGGUAUCACGACCCCCUCAAGGCAGCAUGGCCUGCGACAACAUGGGCCAAGCAGCUAAGACAUACGAUAUUCAGUCUGUUCCUAGCAUAGAUUGUUAGUCCAGUAUAUGAAGGGGAUCAAGAGAUGAAUUAAUCAAGGAAGAAGAAUUGCAAAAUAUUCACUGUCUGCUUUGUCAUCCCAGUGCCAUGCCAGAUGCCACCCCUCCUUACCAGCGGUUGUCAGAUCAUGCUCCAGCUAAAUUGAUUUUCGACAAGGAUUGAAAUGCAAUUACUUGUGCCGCUAUGCUGCUACCGACAUAGUUUUCAUGGAUGCAAGCUAUCAUAUACUCCCAGAAUGCAACAGAACUGAAUACUGCGUGUCUGACAUUUGAAGACACAUGCCACCGAACAAUUUGAUGGUUGCAAGAAAUAUAACUUGUUUUUUAUAUUCAACGGAAGCGCUAAUGACACACAAGUUUUAUUGCAGUCACUGUUUAAUCAUCACACGAGACAUGGUAAA